CCCGCUUUGGCCGGGAAGGGCGGGGGGUGUUGCGGUCUUUCUUCGGGGUUUUCCAGGCUGCUUUUACAUAAGGCGAAAGGAGCGGCGCGCCGACCGAGCAGAGCAGCUGGAGGAGCGCGGAGGAAGCGGCGCGCAGACCCCGCAUCUCUCCUAAGCAGGCGGAGUUUCGGCGGGAAGUGUGCACUGCGGGGAGAGAAGCCGGCAUUUCACCGACGAUAAUCAUGACUGAGUCAGUCUGGAGCUUUUGGAUCCUCUCUUUCAUUGGAGCUGCAAGUUUUUCUGCACAACAGCUUGGUCCAUAUUGUGAUGUCUCCCAUUUCUGUGACUAUUCUUCAAAGGAUUUAGAUGCAAUUCCUUCUGGUUUAACAGAUGAUGUCACAGGACUGAACCUGGCCUCCAACUCCAUAAAACAAGUUAGUAAGAUGGACCUGAAGUUUGUGGUCAAUCUCCGAACCCUUUUGCUCCAUUCUAAUCGAAUUCAGACAAUUGAUGAGGAUGCCUUUCGCGUCCUUGUAAAGCUGGAGCACUUGGAUUUAUCAAAGAACAAUCUGACUCACUUGUCACCCUCUUGGUUCAGACACCUUCUUUCCUUACAGCGGUUAAACAUAAAAGGGAAUAAGUACCUUGAUCUAGGAGAAACUCCUCUCUUUUCUGAUUUGCAAAAUCUCAGGUUUCUGUACUUGGGAAAUGAUGGCUACUUCUCUACCCUGCAAAAACAAGACUUUGAAGGAAUUUCCAUUCUUGAAGAACUGGAAAUUGAAGCACAGAACCUUGGACAUUAUGAGCAAGGAAGUCUAAAAUCUAUCAAGCGCAUAGAUCACAUUAUUUUAAAUGCCCACUCUCCUAUCUCUUUAAUUUCAAUUACGAAUGAUACUACAGAUUCUGUGGUGUGCUUUGAACUGAGAAACAUUCAAUUUCUUGACAAUUCAUACCUGUACCAGUUUCACCCACUGGGUUCUGCGUCUGUUCAAAAAGUUAUCCUUAGAAAUGUUGUACUCUCGGAUUUCUCUGUUGGUGGGAUUGCUCCCAUCUUUGCAGGUCUGAACCAACUUCAUGAACUUGAGGUAGUGGAUAGCAAAUUUAGUGGUGUGGGGAAUAUGUAUAACCUGCAGACAUUGCACUCUACAGGAGCCCUGGAAGUGAUAACAAUCCGAAAUUUAACAAUUGAUUUAUUUUAUUCAUUUACAGAUCUUUCUAGUGUAAUACAUCUUGUAGAUAAAAUAGUCAGGCUUACAAUUGAAAAUGCAAAUGUUUAUCUGGUGCCUUGCAAACUUGCACAAUCAUUUCAUUCUCUGGAGUAUCUUGAUUUAAGUGUGAAUCUACUACAAGACUUAACUCUGCGCUACUCCUUUUGUGAGAAUGACGUCUCUAAAUUGGCCUUCCCUAAAUUACAAACUUUAAAUAUUAGUAGGAAUGCUUUGUCUGAUUUAGGUGCUGUAGCAACUAGUGUAGCUCAUCUAGUAAAUUUCACAACCUUGGAUGUGAGCCGAAACAACUUUGGUCGAAUGCCGGAAUUAUGUACGUGGCCCCAAAGUCUGAAGUUUUUUAAUAUCUCUGGCUGUAAAAUAAGCAGGCUUACUGCAUGCAUCCCUCAGAGCCUGGAAGUGCUGGAUGUUAGCAAUAAUAACCUCAAUGACUUUAGAUUGAGCUUGCCACAGCUACAAGUGCUUUACAUCACAAACAACAAAUUAACAACGCUGCCAGAUGCUGCGUUCAUCCCUAGUGUUCGAUUCAUGGAGGUUGGAGGAAACAAACUGAUGGAUUUUUCUAAAGAGCAACUUGGAAAAUUUGCAGAAUUGGAGAUGCUGGAUGCACGCAACAACAGCUUCAGCUGUUCAUGUCAAUUUAUCUCCUUUGUUCGCUCUCAGGAAGAACUAUCCAAGGUCUUGGUUGGUUGGCCUGAAAACUACAUCUGUGACUCGCCAUCCACUGCAAAAGGGAAGCAGGUACAAGUUGCCCAGUUAUCCCUAACUGAGUGUCACAGAACAUUGGUGGUGUCCCUGAUAUGCAUUUUGAUGUUGGUGAUGCUCAUGGUGGUGGCAGUUCUUUGCUACAAGCUUCAUGCCAUCUGGUACAUGAAAAUGACCUGGGCCUGGCUUCAAGCAAAACGCAAGCCUUGUCGGGACCACAAUAAAGAAAUCUGCUAUGAUGCGUUUGUUUCCUACAGUGAACAUGACUCUGAAUGGGUGGAGAAUGUGAUGGUCCAAGAGCUAGAACAAGCUAAUCCCCCAUUUAAACUCUGCCUUCAUAAAAGGGAUUUUAUAGCUGGCAAAUGGAUUGUGGACAACAUCAUUGACUCCAUUGAGAAGAGCUAUAAAACUUUGUUUGUGCUGUCUAAACACUUUGUACAGAGUGAAUGGUGCAAGUAUGAACUGGAUUUCUCCCAUUUUCGGCUUUUUGAUGAGAAUAACGAUGCUGCUAUUUUGAUCCUUCUGGAGCCCAUUCCAGAGCAAACCAUUCCCAAAAGAUUUUGCAAGCUCAGAAAACUAAUGAACACCAAAACCUACCUUGAAUGGCCAAGAGAUGACAAGCAAGAACAAAUAUUUUGGUUUAAUUUGAAAGUAGCACUAAAGUCAGAGUAGGGAUGAGUAUAUGUUCAGUUUCACUAGCCAAAUUCUGUUUUCAUUUUCUGGUAUAUUAAAUGUAUUGUGUCUACAUGGCUAUGCAUCAGUUAACAUCAUUGGCAUCAACCACCCACCCUGAUUCAAGGGAGGCGG